CUACACUGUAUAGGUCAACUUUUGAUAAAAGUGCUUCAACAUUGAUACAGCAAUCUUGUUUUGCUAUUUUUAGAUAAUUGUUAAAGUGGAUUGGUAUCAAAGUAUUACUUUAAGCGUUGUGACUCUCUAGAUAAAAAUGGAUAAAUCGUCCCCAAAAAUUGCCAUAGUGGGGGCUGGCAUCAUAGGGAUGACCGUAGCUAAAAUAUUGCAAGAGAACCUUGGCAAAGCGCAGAUUUCUGUGAUAGCAAAUAAGUUCCACGAAGACACGGUCAGCUACGUUGCCGCGGGCAUCUUUCGCCCCGGAACCAGCUUCAGGGGGCCUACUAAAGAAAUUACCAAGAAAUGGAUAGUCGACUCAUGGAACUACUGGCAGGACAUCCUCAAAACAACAGAAGCGCCUGAUGCCGGCAUCAUGUCAUUCGAUAGUUACAUAUUCUCUAGUGAUAAUUAUCACGUCACAAGGAAUCACUUGAUUGAGGACCUCGUACCAAUUUAUAGACCUGUAGAAGAGGAGGAAUUGAAACUCGUAGCUGGGGACUGGAAGUACGGCUCGUAUUUUUCAACGCUGAAAAUAGGAUCGGAAAGGCACAUACCGUGGAUCGAAAAGAGGUUUACUCAAAACGGCGGGAAAAUUUUGCAACGAAAAGUCGAUAGUUUCGCAUCACUAUCGGAUUACGAUUUGGUUUUCAAUUGCGCGGGUUUGGGCGCGAAGUAUUUGUGUGAGGAUUACGAUUUGGUGCCGAUUCGCGGGCAGGUGAUAAAGGCUCGGGCGCCGUGGUUGCGGUGUGCGUUUUACGGGGACUACGAUACGUAUAUCGUGCCGGGGUUGGACGGGGUGGCGACUCUGGGUGGGGUGCGGCAGUACGACAGUUAUAAUUUGGGAGUGUGUAAGUACGACACGGCGGCGAUCAUGGAGCGUUGUUGCGGGUUGCUGCCGGCGUUAAAGAAGGCUGAGGUGGUGGACGUGAGGGUGGGUUUGAGACCGCACCGGGUGCCGACACGGGUGGAGGCGGAAGCAGGCGGGGGCCGGCUGGUGCACUGCUACGGGCACGGCGGCUAUGGGGUGAUGUGCGCGCCAGGUACGGCCCUGCACGCUGUGCGCAUAGGUCUCGAUUUGCUGAGGGGCAAACCGGUGAGCAAGUUAUAAGAUAUUAGUCUGCGAUCAAUAUUACAGUGCCAAAAUGUAUGAAUCUGACAUUCUCAUUUUAAAAAUUGCACCCAAAGUCCUUGCAAGGGAAUUUACCGCAUAAUCAGCCAAUUUAUCAGUUUGGGCAUGAAUAAUUUUACAGUGU